UCCGAGUUCCAACUUCCUAACGCAAUGCUCUCUCGCUCUCUCAAACAUAGUCACACACUUUUCUUCUCCCUUCGCUUAUUGCCGUUUACGCUCACACCAAACUCUAUCCCUUCAAUUCGGGUCUCACCACACCGUUUCUCUUCUUCUUCGUCGAAUUCAUGGCUUUCCCUACCCGGAAACCCAAUCAUCCACUGGCCCUCACUACCCCCAAUCACCCAACCGGAACCAAAACCCGCUCCAAACCCGAAUCCAAAACCCGACCCUGCUGCUUCGGACCCGAACUUCUCUGCCAUUGCCACUCUCUUCACCGACCCUUCCAUCACUCCCGGUUCGGUUCUCCACUCCGAACUGGACCGGUCCGGAAUCGAACCCGAUUCACCUCUCCUUCUCGCCGUGUUCGAUCAUUUCGACUCGUCCCCCAAGCUGCUGCACUCGUUGUUCCUAUGGGCUCAAAAGCGAACCGGGUUCAGGCCCAGCCCAAAACUCUUUGACUCUAUGGUCAACGUACUUGGCAAAUCGAGAGAUUUUGACUCUGCUUGGACCCUCGUUCACGAUCACGUCAAUGGAAACCAGGAAGAAGGCUUGGUUUCCAUUGGUACCUUUACUAUCUUGAUUCGACGCUAUGCUCGUGCAGGUAUGCCCAAGCCUGCUAUUAGAACGUUUGAGUUUGCUAGAAAUAACAAGUCCAUUGUGGAUUCUGGAUCAGAAACAACUUUAUUUGAGAUAUUGAUGGAUUCACUUUGUAAAGAGGGGUGUGUGAGGGAAGCUUCAGAGUAUUUCCAUAGGAGAAAGGAGAUGGAUUUAGAUUGGGUUCCGUCAAUCCGAGUUUAUAAUAUUAUGUUAAAUGGAUGGUUUCGAUCAAGGAAACUCAAGCAGGGUGAGAGACUUUGGACAGCGAUGAAGGAGGAGAGUGUGAGACCAAGUGUUGUGACAUAUGGUACCCUGGUGGAAGGAUAUUGUAGGAUGCGCCGUGUGGAAAAGGCACUUGAAAUGGUUGGUGAAAUGACCAGGGAAGGAAUUGAACCAAAUGUAAUUGUUUAUAACCCAAUAAUUGAUGCACUGGCAGAAGCUGGGAGAUUUAAAGAGGCUUUAGGUAUGUUGGAGCGUUUUCAUGUUUUGGAAAUAGGCCCUACUGAUUCAACAUACAAUGCUCUGAUAAAAGGGUUUUGUAAGGCGGGAGAUCUUGUAGGUGCUAGUAAGAUUCUUAAAAUGAUGAUAAGCAGGGGUUUCCUCCCAAGUCCCACCACCUAUAACUACUUUUUUAGGUACUUUUCAAGAUGUGGAAAAAUUGAUGAGGGGAUGAACCUAUAUACCAAGAUGAUUGAAUCUGGUUAUACUCCAGAUCGGCUAACUUACCAUCUUCUGGUGAAGAUGUUAUGUGAAGAGGAGAAGUUGGACUUGGCUGUUCAAGUUAGCAAGGAAAUGAGGCAUAAUGGAUAUGACAUGGACUUGGCGACAAGUACCAUGUUAAUUCAUUUGCUUUGCAAAAUGCAUAGGUUGGAAGAGGCUUUUGUGGAUUUUGAAGACAUGAUACGUAGGGGUUUAGUUCCUCAGUAUCUCACUUUCCAGAGAAUGAAUUCUGAGUUAAAGAGACAAGGUAUGACUGAAAUGGCUCAAAAACUUUGCAAGUUGAUGUCUUCUGUUCCCCAUUCUACCAACCUGCCAAGUACUACUUAUGGUGAAGCCAGAGAUGAAGAACACGCACGAAGAAAAUCUAUACUUCGGAGAGCCAAACAAUUUUCUGAUAUGCUGAAAAACUGUAAGGACCCUAGUGAACUUGAUAAGUAUAAAAAUUUAUCACAAAAUGUGGUCUCAAGUGCAAACUGUUUGAUAGAGGGUAAUAAUAGAAAAUAAAGUACUGGAUGAGCAUCUGUCAUCUCAGUUUCUGCAGGUAGCAAAUUAUGGACAGUUUGAACAUAUGGGAACCAGAUAACAUUUAUUGACAGUAUGGAUUCAGAGGCUUUUGUCCAAAAAGUUUUUCCUGUACUUCCCUAUGAAAUUUGU